AGGGCGGGGCCCGCGGCAGAGGAAGAUGGCGCUACGCAGGGUGAACGUCUGUGUGCCCAUGGUUCCGCUGCUGCUGCUUCUGCUGCUGCUGUCGCUCGGGCCCCGGCCCGCGGCGAGCCACGGCGGCAAGUACUCGCGGGAGAAGAACGAACCCCCGCCGCCCGCUUCGCGCGAGCCGGGGGAGGAGUUCCGCAUGGAGAAGCUGAACCAGCUGUGGGAGAAGGCCCGGCGGCUGCAUCUCUCUCCUGUGAAGCUGGCCGAGCUGCACGCCGAUCUGAAGAUGCAGGAAAGGGAUGAGCUGAGCUGGAAGAAGCUGAAGGCGGAAGGGCUGGACGAGGACGGGGAGAAGGAGGCCCAGCUCCUCCGCAGCCUCAACGUCAUCCUGGCUAGGUACGGGCUGGAUGGGAGGAAGGACGCACAGGUGGUGCACAGCAACGCGCUGGCCAACGACGCCCAGGACGACGCGCUGGGUGACCCUCGGCUGGAGAAGCUGUGGCACAAGGCGAAGACCUCGGGGAAGUUCUCCAGUGAAGAGUUGGACAAGCUGUGGCGGGAGUUCCUGCACCACAAAGACAAGGUCCACGAGUACAACGUGCUGCUGGACACGCUGAGCAGGACGGAAGAGGCCUACAACAACGCCAUCGGCCCCAUGGACCUGAGCCACAGCAAGAGCGAUGUCCUGUCCAGCAAGCACAGCGAGCUCAAGGAGAAGCUGCGGAGCAUCAACCGGGGCCUGGACCGCCUGCGGAAGGUCAGCCAUCAGGGCUAUGGCCCCACUGCAGAGUUCGAGGAGCCCCGGGUGACCGAGCUGUGGGACCUGGCCCAGACGGCCAACUUCACGGAGAAGGAGCUGGAGUCCUUCCGGGAAGAGCUCAAGCACUUCGAAGCCAAGAUUGAGAAGCACAACCACUACCAGAAGCAGCUGGAGAUCUCGCACGAGAAGCUGAGGCACGUGGAGCGCGUGGGCGACCAGGAGCACGUCAGCCGCAACAGGGAGAAGUACGCACUGCUGGAGGAGAAGACCAAGGAGCUGGGCUACAAGGUGAAGAAGCAUCUGCAGGACCUGUCCAGCAGGGUCUCCAGGGCGCGACACAACGAGCUCUGAGGCCGGCACCAGUGGUGGAGUCGGCGCAGAGGGCCCAGGGCUCUCCCGGUGUUGUCUGUGCGGGCAGACCCGGAGUUACAGUGGCAGGUGGGGCCCAGCGCCGCAGCCAAGAGGACCCCUGUGGAUGCGUCUCAGACCCAUGACCUGGCCCACCUGAGGCUGACAGGUUUCCUGUGCUGUGAAGCAAACAAAGCCGGCACCACCGGGGGGGGGGCCUUGAGGUCCAGCUGCCAUCAGGUGUGACGAUCCUCGGACAGUCCAUGUCACAGUCCUGCAAAUUUGCCACUGGAAAUGUUACACAGAGUCCUUAAAACACGUGACAGUCUGUGACCGUCA